AGGCAGCUACAAAUGCUCGGUCGAGAACGAUGCCGGCACCGCUACCCAUACUGCUGUUUUGAUCGUCAACGUACCACCACGUUGGAUACUCGAGCCAACUGACAAAGCCUUCGCUCAAGGCUCUGACGCGCGAGUCGAGUGCAAAGCCGACGGCUUUCCCAAGCCCCAAGUCACGUGGAAAAAGGCUGCCGGUGAUACCCCCGGUGACUAUACCGAUCUGAAAAUGAACAACGCCGAUAUCAGCGUCGAAGACGGCACACUGAUGAUCAACAAUAUUCAAAAGACGAACGAGGGCUACUACCUCUGCGAAGCCGUCAACGGCAUCGGCUCCGGACUGUCGGCUGUCAUCUUGAUUUCUGUCCAAGCUCCGCCUCACUUCGAGAUCAAGCUGCGCAAUCAGACGGCUCGUCGUGGCGAGCCGGCCGUGCUGCAGUGCGAGGCCCAGGGCGAGAAACCCAUCGGUAUACUCUGGAACAUGAACAACAAGCGACUGGACCCGAAGAGCGACUCGCGCUACACGAUUCGCGAGGAGAUCAUGGCCAACGGCGUGCUGUCCGAUCUCAGCAUCAAGCGCACCGAGCGCAGCGACUCGGCUCUCUUCACCUGCGUCGCCACCAACGCCUUCGGCUCCGACGACACCAGCAUCAAUAUGAUCGUUCAAGAGGUGCCCGAAGUGCCGUACGGCCUCAAGGUCCUCGACAAGUCCGGCCGAUCCGUGCAGCUGUCCUGGGCCGCGCCCUACGACGGCAACAGCCCCAUCAAGCGCUACGUGAUCGAGUACAAGAUCAGCAAGGGCAGCUGGGAGGCGGACAUCGAUCGGGUGGUGGUGCCGAGCUCGCAGCAGAACGUCGCCGGGGUGUUCAAUCUCAAGCCCGCCACGACCUAUCAUCUGAGAAUCGUCGCGGAGAACGAGAUCGGUACUUCCGAGCCGUCGGACACGGUUACCAUUAUAACCGCCGAAGAGGCACCCUCGGGUCCACCGAGCUCGGUGCGAGUCGACGCUCUGGAUCAGCACACGCUCAAGGUCUCGUGGAAGCCACCACCGCGCGACGACUGGAACGGCGAGAUUCUCGGCUACUACGUCGGCAACCGUCUGGCCUCCUCCGACAAGCCCUACAUGUUCGAGACGGUCGAGUUCUCGAAGGAGGACGGCAAGGAGCAUCAUCUGCAGAUCAUGAAUCUCAAGACCUACACGCAGUACAGCGUCGUCGUGCAGGCCUUCAACAAGGUCGGCUCGGGCCCGAUGAGCGAGGAGAGGCGUCAGCACACCGCGGAGGGCGUACCGGAGCAGCCGCCCCACGACACCACCUGCACGACCCUGACCUCGCAGACGAUUCGCGUCUCGUGGUCGUCGCCGCCGCUGGCCGCGGCCAACGGCGUCAUCACCGGCUACAAGAUCAUUUACGGGCCAUCCGAAUCAUGGCAAGACGAGAACACCAAAGAUACCAAAAUCACAUCAUCCAGUGAAACCAUUCUCCACGGACUGAAGAAAUUCACGAACUACAGCAUGCAGAUCUUGGCCUUCACCUCGGGAGGCGACGGCGUCAAAUCGGCUCCCAUUCAUUGUCAAACCGAGCAAGAUGCUCCCGAAGCGCCAACGGCGAUCAAAGCUCUGGUCAUGUCGGCCUCGGCGAUUCUGGUCUCGUGGAGGCCGCCGAGCCAGCCCAACGGCGUCAUCUCGCAGUACACGGUCUACUGGAAGGGCAACGCCAGCGAGCAACCGUCCAGCCAGAAGGUCUCGCCCACGCAGCUGACUCACGAGGUGUCGAGUCUCGAAGAGACGCGCAAAUACGACUUCUGGGUCACCGCCAGUACUAACAUCGGCGAGGGGCAGCCCUCGAAAGUCGUCAAUCUCGCCCCGAGCGCGAGCAUACCCGCCAAGAUCGCGUCGUUCGACGACAAAUUCGUCGCGACGUACAAGGAGGACGUGAAGCUGCCCUGUCUCGCGGUGGGCGUGCCGGCGCCCGAGGUCACCUGGAAGGUGCGCGGCGUCAAGCUCGCGCCGACCGAUAGACUGCGCCAGCUGCCCGAGGGCUCGCUCUUCAUCAAGGAAGUGGAUCGCACCGACGCCGGCGAGUACUCGUGCUACGUCGAGAACACCUUCGGCCACGACACCGUCACUCAUCAGCUCGUCGUGCACGCUCCUCCGCACUCGCCGCAAGUGACGCUGACGGCCACGACGACCAAUUCCCUGACCAUGAAGCUGCGCCCGCAUCAGAACGACAACGCGCCGAUUCACGGCUACACCAUACACUACAAGCCCGAGUUCGGCGACUGGGAGACCGUCCAGAUCAGCUCCACGUCCUCGAAGUACACCCUGGAGAAUCUCUGGUGCGGCUCCAGAUACCAGAUCUACGUUACCGCUUACAACACGAUCGGUAUGGGCGAGCCAUCGGACAUUCUGAACACUCGCACCAAGGGCUCGAAGCCGAUAAUACCGGAGGCCUCGAGAUUCAUCGAGGUCUCGACCAAGAGCAUCACUCUGCAUCUGCACGCUUGGUCGGACGGAGGAUGUCCCAUUAUCUACUUCGUCGUUGAGCACAAGAAAAAGCACUCGCAGGAAUGGAACCAGGUAUCGAACAACGUCAAGCCGGGCGGCAACUUCGUCGUCAUGGAUCUGGACGCCGCCACCUGGUAUCAUCUGCGCGUCACCGCCAACAACAAUCCCGGCUCGGCCGUGGCCGAGUACGAAUUCGCCACUCUCACUGUCACCGGAAGCACCAUUGCGCCGGCUCGCGAACUUCCGGACUUAAACGCCAGCGACAGCAGCGACGACCCCAUGAAAAUAUUCAUGGCCAACUUGAAUCUCGUGGUGCCUGUUGUUGCGGCCGUCCUCGUGAUUAUCGUCGCGGUCAUCGUGAUCUGCGUCCUCAAGGGCAAGGCUCACGACGACGAGAAAGAUGAUGUUGUAUAUCAGCAAACUGGUCCGAUCGGAGCGACCCUCGACAAGAGAAGACCCGAUUUACGCGACGAAUUGGGCUACAUCGCUCCGCCAAAUCGUAAAUUGCCACCCGUACCCGGCUCCAAUUACAAUACCUGUGAUCGUAUCAAACGAGGAACGGUUAUAAGUCGAAACGGUUCGGCGAGAAGUUACCAUCAGACUUGGGACCCGAGGAGGCACAUGUACGAGGAACUGAGCCAUUACGCGCCGAACAGGAGGUGUCCGCCGCCGCCGCCCGGAGCCUUCGAUCAACUCAAUCCGAGAAGCAUGGAGGACGAGAUUUGUCCCUACGCGACGUUCCAUUUACUGGGCUUCCGCGAGGAGAUGGACCCGAGCAAAGCCAUGCAGUUCCAGACGUUCCCGCAUCCGGUUAACGGCCACACGGCCACCAUGGGCCCGGCCGUGGGUCAUCCGAACAACUCGUCGGCGCACAGUAGAUCCGGAUCGCAGUCGAUGCCGAGACAAGCGAACGGCGGCCGCUACUCGCGAGUACCGUCCCAGGGCGGCAGCACGGGCGGCAACCAGAACAUCUUCACGCCCGAGUACGACGACCCGGCAAACUGCAAUCCCGAGGAGGACUACGGCUCGCAGUACGGCCAGUACGGCGCGCCCUACGACCACUACGGCUCUCGGGGAUCCGUGGGCCGUCGCUCCGUCGGCUCGCUGCGCAAUCUUCCCGUGUCCAACUCGCCCGAGCCGCCGCCACCACCGCCGCGCAAUCACGACCAGAGCAACUCGAGCUUCAACGACAGCAAGGAGAGCACCGACGUCAACGAUCAGGACGACAGGGAUCAGCUGAUUCGCAACUACGGUGGAAAUUCUCACGGGAAGGAUGCUAAAUCAGUCGAAGAGAUGCGUAAGCUCAUUGAAAGAAACGAAGGCUCAAAACAAAGCACCUUCAGCAGCAACCACUCAGGACUCAUCUCACCCUACGAUACUGUGGCAGUGUAAUCUGUAAAUUGCUCCAAGUCAGUCGCGCGAUAAGUCGACAGCAGCGAUCAACGAUUUUUCUCAACAAAUCGUCGCUUAAUAUAACAAAACAAAAAAAAACGAAAACCAAAAAAAAAAUUACUCCAUGAUGCCACCUCUCAUUACUACAACGAGAAGCAGUUACUUCAUUCGCUUCUCGUUCUUCUUGGUGCAUCUUCGGAAGAUAAAAAAAGGAGAAACUUAUCCACAUUGUACUGCGAUAAUAUAGAUAAUGAUGAUUUAACGUGAUAUAAUAUUGACAACAAAAAAACUCGCUGACCUCAUAUAUCACGUUAAACGGUAUGUGGGUGAGCGAGUGAAUGCGCGGAUGCAUGGAUUUUAAUUUAAAUAGCACAAAGUGAGUGUGAGUCGAGUAUAAAAGACAGCUCUCGGGGUUUGCGCUUCUUUUACUCGAUGAUGGCUUGGAUAAUUUUUUUUUAUUGCAAGCUUGCUUAUAUUGAAGCCGUGGAAAUGUUGAGAAACGAAAGAAAAACAAAGAAAAAAAGUAAUGUAACGUAAAUGCGUGCGCGCUGGCGCUCAAUCCAUCGAUACAGACAAAAAAAAAUGAAAAGAAAAACAAGAGUCGACGAAUUUAUUCGUUAUCGAGCUUUUUUUAUUUUGGUGCGUCUGCUACGAAGCGCCGAUUCUUCAUGUGUAGCUGUUGUUGCAGCGACUUAUCGGCUGGAAAAGUGAUCAAACAAUUAUUUGACGCUUGCCAAUCGAUAUACCGAAAGGAGCCAAUACCUCGUGGGUAUUGGAUUCAGAUCGACGGCAGCUGUACAGUUCCCAAUGUGAUUUUUUUUCUAUGAAAAAAGCUCGUUAACGAGGUAAUUUCCGCGUACGCGCGUCGCAGGAUCAACGAGGAGCUAAACAAGUCUCGUCUUGUUGCGCAUGCAGAUCUGCGAUGAAUUUUUCGUUUGUUGAUUUUACAAUUUCGAGCCUCCUCGGAUUGUGUCACGAUCGCGCCGGUCCCGUACCGUGCGGCGUCGACUUUCGGCGUCGUCCUGCGCACUCGUGCUCCAUUUGAUUUUCGUUCGCUUGAAAAAAAAAAUAUUGUAAUCAUCGAUUGUUUUUGUAUAAAACUUAUAUUUUUUAAUUGUGCUAUUGAUAAGUUUUUCUUCGUUGAUUGUACGGCAUUUAUAUUUAAAAGUAUAAGUAAGUAAUGUCGAUACUUUACAUAGCGAUGUGAUUUUUUACUCGUGUAAGAUUGAGGUGUGAUUUUUUGCCCCGCGUACCAUAAAGUCCUUUUUAGCGAUUUUAAUUCGUUUUUUCCUUUUUAAUCUGAAUUAUUUUCUCACUUCAACUUUGAUCUGCCGUUGAACGUUCAAUAUUGCAACAAAUAUAGUAUAACUUCGAAGCAAAAUAUAAUGAUAAUAUGAAUAACCGUGAGAAAAGUGUGCGAACAUUUUGUCCUAUUUAAUAUAUAAAAAUAUAUAUUUAUUGAUAAAAUAAAUUAAGGCAGCAUCGUCAUUGCCAGUUCGAAAAACGGUUACACAAAAAUAUUCCUGGGAGAAAAGAUUCUCGUUUCGGCUGAUAAAAAGGCGCAAAACGAUCGUAACAGGGGACAAAGACAAAUUCGAUGCGCAAUGAAUGAAAGUGAUAAAAGAAAGAUAGAAUGAAAAGAAUGACAAAGGGAAAUUCGAUGAAGCUGAUUUAAUUAUGACGAUGCGAUAUAAUUAUUAAAAAACAGAUUAUAGAAAUUAUCUAUUAAGCAGCUGAUGGUAGAAAAUAAUACCUUAUCGAUUACAUAAAUCCAUGAUGUAGCUAAUAAAAAAAAGGGGGAACUGACGGUUCGCGAGCCGGUCCCUUUAUAGCAUGUGAUUGCAAAAGGAUCCAAUGGAGCAGCACCUAUGCAGCGGGUCGCGAGCAGCACAAUUUUCCUCGCGAGACGCGAAAAAGGGUCAAAACACGAGGGAGGGGAAGUGAUUGAAAUACGAAAAACACGCGAGUAACGAGAAAAAAAAUCACAUGCGUAAAGGCGCACCGGCUCAUAGAUUGUUUUUAUGAUUAUAAAAUAUUUCUAAAUCGUACUCGUAUGCAUAACACAUAUAUUACAUUAAUUAUUAUGAAAAGUACGCGCGUAUAUGUGUGCCGUAAUUUUCUUUAAGAAACAAAACGAUUCGUAAAUAAUAUCUUCGUACGUGCCAUUGAGCGCCGACCACCCUCGUCAUGUAGACGAAAAAAUAAUAAUAUUAAUAAUAAACAUUAACUAAAAAGCAUGAGCUCUAGACGUCGUUGGCCAUUCUUCAACUCUAGGUGGAAUAAAUAAUAAUAUAGAUAGAAUUCAAACGAUUACCCAUAUAUGCAUGUAUACGUGUAUGUGUAUAUGUGCAUAUGUAUGCCAUAAUGGAAGCAAUCAUUGCAGCCAUGUAUUUAAUCAACGAUGAGGAACAAGGCUAUUGAACAGAAGGAAAACGAAAAUCGGACGUAUAAUUUGAAGGAAAGAGAUAGAGAAAAAAAGUUAAAUUAUCAAUGGUCUCUUUGGCGUAAAAAUUUAAUAAUCAAACAAUCUUAAAGUGUCGUAUUGUACGGUGUCUAAUAAUAUAAUCUUUAUCAUAAAUGUGGGUGUUAUUCGGAAAGUUUAAUUGGUGAAAAAUAAUAAUCGGGCCAAUAGUUCUUUAACGCGGCUUCAAGCGGGCGCGAGUAUGUGAAAAAGAAAAGUUGCAAUAGUUGUCGCUUCUCUUCGCCGGUCAACGAUUUACGAUAUUUACAUUAUAAAAUAACAAGGCAAGGGCUUAUACGUAAUACAAAUAUUAAAAACUAAACGAUACGAGAAAAAAAUAUUGCAGUUUCCUCUUAUAAAUAAAUAAAUGACGAAAACAAGUGCGGCUUUUUGUGAGAAUAUGAUAUAAAUAUAUAUUAUAUUAAAAAAAAAACAAAUGGGUCGAUUAUACUUCGUUUGCGAAUUAUUGAUACGUAGAAGUUAUGAUGCCUCAGCAAAGUCAGGGUAUAUGAGCGCUGGAUGAUUUACCGACGAGUAAAGUAGGGAAAAAAAACAUAAUAAAACGAAGGGAACGUGAAUGAGAUAUGCUUUUUUAACAUAGUUGCGAUGCAUUUGUUGCUGACAAAAAACAAUGUUAAUUCUCAUUUUAUUCAGUGCCAUGGUUAUCAUGCGAGGAGAACGCGAAAUAAAAAAUAAUUCGGAAAGUUUACGUUUGUAUUUGAAGAGCAGUAAGAGGAAUGAGAAAACAAUUUUUUUCCGCGCAAGUUUUAAUGGAUUUAUUGAUAAUAAUAACGCAAAAUACUGCCGCUAUAAUAACUAAAAUAUUCAUAAUAAUGUAUACAUACACAAUCCAAGACAAGUAAAUUGAAGUAAAGGAAAGAAAAUACAACAAAAAACGAGUACGAUCAAUCGGUGCAUUUUUUUCUAUAGGAUUAACGAACUGAUUUCUCUCUGUGCAACUAUAUCCCACAACGAUUUUUAUUGUUAAUUGUUAAUUUAUGUUUAAGCGAAACGGCGAUACUGUUGUUUUUAUUUAAUCAUUAUUAUUAGCAUCUUCAUCUUCAUUAUCAUUCAUAAUAUUAUUAUUCUUUGUAUCAUGUAUUUAUUCAUUUCAGUUGUUAUACUUUUAUGGAAUUUAUACGUACUUUUAAUGAUUUUAUUUUUAUGACUUUUAUGAGAUUAACAUAAAAUUAUGCAAGCAUUUGCAUACGAUUGGCUCAAUUAUGUGUGUAAGCAAAAGAAAAACAAUAGCAAAGUAUACAAAAAUAAGAAAAAAAAUUUUACUCGUACUCCGAUUCGAUGUAUUGCAGUGUGAUUUACUUUGUUUUUAUACCAAAGUUGUAAUAUCUAAUUUAAAGUUAUUGAAAUAAAUAAUAUUUAAAA